AGAGAGAGACAUCUUCCUUAUACUGGUUCAUUCCUCAAAUGCCCACUCUAGUGAGGCCUGGAGCUCAGUCCGGGUCUGGCACCUGCGUGGCAGGGAUCCAAGUACUGGAGCCAUUACUGGAUGCCUCCCACGAGGUGCGUUAGCAGGAAGCUGGCUCAGAAGCGGAGGAGCCGGGACUUGAACCAGGCACUGCAGUGUGGGAUGCGGACAUCCAAGCAGCGUCUUCACUGCCAUGCCAAAGAGCCACCCCCAAAGAUGGCUUUUAUGCUAAGAAACAGAUGAGUCUUUUCUCCUAAGCUGUGGUAGCUGCACCCAAAUUAGUAAAUGUUAAAAUAACCGUGACUUGUAAAAAACAUUCUGUGAAUUCUUUUUAUAUAAUCCAAUGAAAUUCUCCAUGUGGUCAUUGAUGUCUGAGAUAAAUUAAAUCCUGCCAGGCUGUCGGAGAUGAGUGAAUCAGACCCUAAAAACUUGGAGCAUUUGAAACACACAACCAUGUACUGAAAUUUAUAAUGCACAAUUAACUAGAGAAACGUUUCCAUUUUAAGGUGUAUACUGGUUAAUCUUAACCAGCCUGGUCUAGGGGAAUCCAGUUCAAACAGGCUGCUGUGUAAAAGCUAUUGCUGCUAGCCACAGAAAGUAAUUAGUUUUAUAGAACGACUUACAAUAGAAAUCCAACCUCUGUUGAAUUCAGAAGCCAAGCUGACUUUAUUGUUGGGUUGUCCUGGUAUCCAGUGCUGCUUCACUUUGUGGGCGCUUAGACAUUGACUCGACAGUGAGUGGUGACUCGCUCAUUCCCAGUCGGCAUUUGCUUUGUUUUUGCUCUACCUGGGAAGAUGCUCAUGUGGAACAUAAAAAGCACUGCAGGCCGGCGCCGCGGCUCACUAGGCUAAUCCUCCGCCUUGCGGCGCCAGCACACCGGGUUCUAGUCCCGGUCGGGGCGCCGGAUUCUGUCCCGGUUGCCCCUCUUCCAGGCCAGCUCUCUGCUGUGGCCCGGGAGUGCAGUGGAGGAUGGCCCAAGUGCUUGGGCCCUGCACCCCAUGGGAGACCAGGAGAAGCACCUGGCUCCUGCCUUCGGAUCAGCGCGGUGCGCCGGCUGUGGCGGCCAUUGGAGGGUGAACCAACGGCAAAAGGAAGACCUUUCUCUCUGUCUCUCUCUCUCACCGUCCACUCUGCCUGUCAAAAAAUAAAUAAAUAAAAAUAAAAUAAAUAAAAAGCACUGCAGGAAGUUCCUUGACUUUGAUGCUCUCAGUCCACUAGAAACCGUGACGUUUUCACUGGACAGUUUUUGUGGGAUUGCUCCUCUCAAGUGAAGGAGCAGAUGCCCGGACAGAUGUCACGUUGUAGAUACUUGUCACUGUGCUGUUUGGUGAGAAGCCCUGAUGUUCAGGGAUCACCCAUGUUUCAGAAAUUUAGUUGGUCUUGCUAAACUGGAGUUAGAAUUUCCGUAAUUUCCAUCGCAUUAGGUGCUUCCUACAUGAAACAUUUUUGUAACUUUUGUACAUCUUUCUGAGGAUUGCAUUUGUAAAUGGCUGAAAAGGAGGUGGAAGUUACUGUAUUUUGGUGCACUAGGGGAGAGGUGUAAUGAUUGGCCAAACAAAAUGAAACCCUCCAACUCUCACAUCUGACAGGAAACAAUGAAGAGAAAAAAAAAAUUAGAUUAAAAACCAAAGGUAGGAAGGAGAAGAACUCAGCAUCGUACCAGUGGUGAAGUAGAGUGUGUGUCAGGUGCAGAUAACCCGGAGGCCACCAGCAAGUAUCUUUAUGAUUCUUGGAUAGAGAGUGAAACUCAGGGAAUAAAUUCUACGUUAUCAGUAACCACAAAGCGUUAGGAGAUCCAGCAAGGAUGGUAAAUAGCAUAGAAUCUGUUAAGGAGUCCUCCUCAUUAUGGCGUCUUUGUGGUCCCUACUAUGGAGAGCAUUACUUCCUUUGAAAUGUUAAUUGCCAUAUUUUCACAUACUUUGUUUUUAUUUGAAAGGCAGCCAGUGACAGAGUUCCCUGGUUCACUUCUCAGAUGCCUACAACACCCAGAGCUGGAUCAGGCCAAAGUGAGGAGCUCAGAACUCAAUCUGGGUCUCCCGUACAGGUGGCAGGGACUCAAGUACUUGAGCCACUGGCCGCCUUCCAGGGUGUGCAUUAGGAGGAGGAGCCAGCACCCAGGCCCGGCACUCUGUUAGGGGGUGUGCGUAUCCCCAGGGGUAACGUAACUGCUGCACCGAUGCCUGCCCCACCCUUAGUUCUUUUAAUGAAUUCCUCUGGGAGUCAUGUGGUACUUCUGGUCACCAGCUCCCAGCUAGUCCUUUUCCCGUGGUGAGUCAGUAGGUGUGUGAGCGGUGAGGCCCUGAGCUAGCGUCCCUGCUGGUCUGUGGUUCACGAGCCCGGAGGAACAGGGGUUAAUUAACAGUGGGUCUUGUCAGUUGAACAAAAAUAUUUGCCCUUUCUCAAAAUCAUGCAAGUUAUAUUUAGGAGACAUGUUUCUGGUGUAAAUAUUUGAACGUUUGUUAUGUCAUCAUAAGUAGUGUAGGCUGUUUGGACCACAGGGGGUGUGUGUGUGUGUGUGUGUGUGCACGCGCUCGCCUGCCUGGCCAUCUCUUCAUUGCAUGCAUUUGGGGAGGGUGGCAGUGGAGGUGGGGGAGAAAGGAGAACAAGAAGCUGCUGAUAGGGACUUGGGCUGUGUCAUCGGGGAGAGGGAGCUGACAAUGAUCAAGUUAAUUGGUAUCAAGUAAGAAUAGAAAACACGUAGGAAGUAGAACCUUGAAAUUUCAAGGUCCUCCCUUAGUCAUUAGUUGAGCACUGAGAAAUGGUGGAAACCAGCGAUUAAGAGGAAAUCGUCAUGUGGAAGUGUCCCAAAUCCUGGUGUUCAGGUGGAGCACGGCUCCGGUCCACUCCCCCACUUUGCUGCAGCCAAGAUGAACUGCCAGUGCCCACACUGCUUUGCUCUGUGCGUGCGUCCGAGUCUGGCUGACCCUGUUCCCAUACCACCCUCCCUGUCAAGGCUUCCUUAAUGCCUCCCAUUCCUCAUACUUGAAAAAGGGCUGCUGGUUCUCAGAGGAGUGACAGAAGCUCCCCUCUGCACUGGGUCCAGGAUUCAUUGAAACUUGCAUUGCAGGUGUAUGGCAUGGUUCCACUUAGCGCAGUCAGGGUGAAGACGGCACUGAGGGUUUUGGUCCAAUGUAGCCAGCUUGGCACAUUUGUGGAGCUGUGUUUGCAUUGGGUCACCACCUUCUGUCCUCAGAUAUAAACCCCCAAGAGGCCUGCACACUCCCUAAGGUGCUGACACUAAGGUCACCAAGAAAAGGCAAGGGAACAGGUGUGCCACAGCAGUGGCAGGGAGCAGAGUGGCUGGCGGAGGUUGGAGGUGGUGGUGUGGGGAUGUUUACAGGAAGUGGGGUGAUCUCCUCCUUGAGCCCGUUUGGGCAGAUACUGCAGGGCCAGUAUGCAGGCAGGAACCCACCACCGCCCCACCUGGGCACCACCAGGGGCCCCGUGACCCCACCCACUGCCUUGAGCCAGAAUGUGGGGUGCUCUUACCUGCCCUGCCUCCUAACGGGCCGCCCCCUCUGCUUGCUCUCUGCAUUGGGAAGGUUUUUCACUCCAGUUCAGCUGUCUACUCCCUGCUCUGUAAGCUUUAUUGUGCAUUUUUUUUCUUUUACUAAGAAUGGAAACAGUUAGAAAUAUUUCCUCCAGGAAGGGAGAUUUAAGUGCCUCCAAGGAUAACACGAGAAUACCUGGAAAUUCUGACUUACAUACCCGGAUUGUUCCCUAACCGUGACAAGUGACAAAUAACUGACUGCGUCGAGCUUUGGAAAACAGAAACAAUUCCAGUUAAUUUUCUUAGAGAAAAUCAAAAGUACCUUGUGCAAGGGGAAAAGCGUCAGCCAAAUAGCCCAUUGUGGACAGUUUCUCUGGGGCGCUGGAGACGAUACUUUUUCAUAACCGAUGCGGGACCUUGAACCUGCCUUUCCGUGGAGGACCGUUUUCUUCUCUACCGCAGCGAUCCAUAUGUGAAACUUUCCUUGUACGUAGCAGAUGAGAAUAGAGAACUUGCUUUGGUACAGACAAAAACAAUUAAAAAGACGCUGAACCCAAAGUGGAAUGAAGAAUUUUAUUUCAGAGUAAACCCAUCUAAUCACAGACUCCUGUUUGAAGUUUUCGACGAAAAUAGACUGACGCGAGACGACUUCCUGGGCCAGGUGGACGUGCCCCUCAGCCACCUUCCGACAGAAGACCCAACCAUGGAGCGACCCUACACGUUUAAGGACUUUCUGCUCAGGCCGAGGAGCCACAAAUCCCGUGUGAAGGGGUUCCUGCGGCUCAAAAUGGCUUACAUGCCCAAAAACGGGGCCCAAGACGAGGAGAACAGCGAGCCCAGGGACGACAUGGAGCAUGGGUGGGAAGUGGUCGACUCCAACGAUUCAGCCUCUCAGCACCAGGAGGAGCUGCCGCCCCCGCCUCUGCCCCCCGGGUGGGAGGAAAAAGUGGACAAUUUAGGCCGAACGUACUACGUCAACCACAACAACCGCACCACGCAGUGGCACCGACCAAGCUUGAUGGACGUGUCCUCCGAGUCGGACAGCAACAUCCGGCAGAUCAACCAGGAGGCAGCACACCGGCGCUUCCGCUCCCGCAGGCACAUCAGCGAGGACCUGGAGCCGGAGCCGUCCGAGGGCGGAGAGGCCCCCGAGCCCUGGGAGACCAUUUCAGAAGAAGUGAAUCUGGCUGGUGACUCCCUGGGGCUUGCCGUGCCCCCGCCGCCCGCCUCCCCUGUGUCCCGGACCAGCCCCCAGGAGCUGACAGAGGAGCUGAGCAGGCGGCUUCAGGUCACUCCGGACGCCAACGGGGAGCAGUUCAGUUCCCUCAUCCAGAGAGAGCCCUCCUCCAGGCUGCGUUCCUGCAGUGUCACCGACGCCGUCGCCGAGCAGGCCCAUCUGCCACCGCCCAGUACCCCAGCUAGGAGAGCGCGUUCGUCCACUGUCUCGGGUGGUGAGGAGCCAACGCCGUCAGUGGCCUAUGUACACACCACGCCGGGCCUUCCUUCAGGCUGGGAAGAAAGGAAAGAUGCUAAGGGACGCACAUACUAUGUCAAUCAUAACAAUCGAACCACAACUUGGACUCGGCCCAUCAUGCAGCUUGCAGAAGACGGCGCCGCCUCCGGAUCGGCCACAAACAGUAGCAACCACCUAAUCGAGCCUCAGAUCCGCCGGCCUCGUAGCCUCAGCUCGCCAACAGUAACUUUAUCUGCCCCGCUGGAGGGUGCCAAGGACUCCCCCGUGCGUCGGGCUGUGAAAGACACCCUUUCCAACCCACAGUCCCCACAGCCGUCCCCCUACAACUCCCCCAAACCUCAGCACAGAGUCACCCAGAGCUUCCUGCCGCCCGGCUGGGAGAUGAGGAUCGCGCCCAACGGCCGGCCCUUCUUCAUUGACCACAACACAAAGACGACGACGUGGGAAGAUCCACGCCUGAAGUUCCCAGUUCAUAUGCGGUCAAAGGCAUCUUUAAACCCCAAUGACCUCGGCCCUCUCCCGCCUGGCUGGGAAGAAAGGAUUCACUUGGACGGCCGGACGUUCUACAUCGAUCACAGCAGCCAGGUGUUAUGUGGAGAGAGUGACCCCGGGGAGUCAGUGCCCGCCUACGACAGCAAAAUCACCCAGUGGGAAGACCCAAGACUGCAGAACCCAGCCAUCACCGGUCCGGCUGUUCCUUAUUCCAGAGAAUUUAAGCAGAAAUACGACUACUUCAGGAAGAAGCUGAAGAAGCCGGCUGAUAUUCCGAACAGAUUUGAAAUGAAGCUCCACAGGAACAACAUAUUCGAAGAAUCCUACCGGAGGAUCAUGUCGGUGAAAAGACCAGAUGUCCUGAAAGCCAGACUCUGGAUAGAAUUCGAGUCGGAGAAAGGCCUGGACUAUGGGGGCGUGGCCAGAGAAUGGUUCUUCCUACUGUCCAAAGAGAUGUUCAACCCUUACUAUGGUCUCUUUGAGUACUCUGCCACGGACAACUACACACUUCAAAUCAACCCCAAUUCAGGCCUCUGUAAUGAAGACCACUUGUCCUAUUUCACGUUUAUCGGGAGAGUCGCGGGUCUGGCCGUAUUUCAUGGGAAGCUCUUGGAUGGUUUCUUCAUCCGCCCGUUUUACAAAAUGAUGCUGGGGAAGCAGAUAACCCUGAACGACAUGGAGUCCGUGGACAGUGAAUACUACAACUCUUUGAAGUGGAUCUUAGAAAAUGACCCCACCGAACUGGACCUCAUGUUCUGCAUAGAUGAGGAGAACUUCGGGCAGACAUACCAAGUGGACCUGAAGCCCAAUGGCUCAGAGAUAAUGGUGACGAAUGAAAACAAAAGGGAAUAUAUCGACUUGGUCAUCCAGUGGAGGUUCGUGAACCGGGUCCAGAAGCAGAUGAACGCCUUCCUGGAGGGAUUCACAGAACUCCUUCCCAUUGACCUGAUUAAAAUUUUUGAUGAAAAUGAGCUGGAGUUGCUGAUGUGUGGUCUCGGGGAUGUGGACGUGAACGACUGGAGACAGCAUUCUAUCUACAAGAACGGCUACUGCCCAAACCACCCGGUCAUCCAGUGGUUCUGGAAGGCUGUGCUUCUGAUGGACGCCGAGAAGCGCAUCCGGUUACUGCAGUUUGUCACGGGCACGUCCCGGGUACCUAUGAAUGGAUUUGCCGAACUUUAUGGUUCCAAUGGUCCUCAGCUGUUUACAAUAGAGCAAUGGGGAAGUCCUGAAAAGCUGCCCAGAGCUCACACAUGCUUUAAUCGCCUCGACUUACCUCCGUACGAAACCUUCGAAGAUUUACGGGAGAAACUGCUCAUGGCCGUGGAGAACGCCCAGGGCUUCGAAGGGGUGGAUUAAGCCGCCCCCGCCGGCCGCGGCCCGUCGGGCAAGUUCCGCUUGCACUUUCGCGUUGGCCUAACGGACUUUGCAGAGACGGUGGCAGAGCAGCAGCCGCGCGGCCGGGCUCCCGGAGCCGAGCCUUCGCCCAGGCCCUCGCCCGAGCCCCGCCGUGGGGACCCAGUCCCGGCUCGAGUUCCUGCCUCUUCCGCCACACUUGAUGUGUACGCUAAUUACAUUUCAGGAGGACUGACUCUAUUUAUGUUGUGCCUCUGCAGGCAAAACCCUUAAUAAAUAUUUUGCAUACUUUCUAAUGACAAUGAAUGGAAUUAAUCACUCGACAGGUAUAGUAUUACAACUCAUGUUUACUUUUUCAGAUGAUUUAGACCGAUUCUCAGAUUUUAUUUCACUACGAUUAAAGGUGUCUCAUGUACUUGGAAAAGCAAGCAUACUUUUUUUUUGUAUUUGAAUUUCAUACCAGGCUGAAUUGUCAGUGACAGUUUUAUUUUUUAAGUACGUCAACGCCCCGCUCUCGCCUUUAUUAGAACUGGAAGACUUUGUCCAGAAAGCGUCUGCACAUGAGUACUUUGGGAGAAUUUCAAGUUCAGCAGUAGGCAUCAUGAUCACUUUCUUCCACACUGAGGAUAAAAACAAACCGGAUGUUGCAUCGUGGUCGUACAUGCGUAGGUCCUAGCUGCGGGCUGACAGGAUUGUCACGUAGCGUGAUGAGUUGCGUGUGACCCCGGAAGGACAAGGACGCGUGCCAGGACCCCUUGGAGACAGGGCUGGACUGUGGUUUCUCGCGACAGAAACCGCCUCACCCUUUGCAACACUGCACAGCCUUGCUCUCACCAAUCUUUCCUCUGCACUGUUGGCCGUUGGGACAUUUGACUGCAACGUGGCCCCGCUGGAUUUGACACCGUGGAACCCAGGCCUUGCUAGUGUCUUCCCUGGGCGUGGUUGCUAACGGUAGCUGCACGGCCAGGUCCUGCUCUACCCGCUCCGAUGCAGAGGCACUUUAUGUACCACGUGGAGGUCGUGUGGGGGUGGGGAGGGCGUUGUUGUCGGUUUGUAUCCUGCACAUUCGAUGUGAUGAUGUUUCUCCUCCCUACACACGCCUUUGUGGUGCACUGUCCACCCGACCGAUCCUGGCUACCGAUGUGUGAACCCCCGUGUAUAGCUGAGCCCACGGACCUGUCCACUCCAAUUCUUUGCUGAUUUCCGCUCCACGACAGAGACUCCCCUAGUAGGCUGUAGAUCUAAGCAAGCUUUGUCAACUGUGACCUGUUGCAUGCUUCGGCACCGUGUCCCGCCCGAGCUGUGUGUGUCGUGUGCUGUAGUUGAAGUACGGAGAAGACUGGAUUUGAGCCCCAGAGGCCCGAGGGUCCCUGCACACUUGGAGUCUCUCCCCUUCACGAGGGCCCCUGACAGCUGUGUCGUGUUGUGGGAAGAUGUCCAGGACAGCCUGGGAGUCCAGGAUCCUGGCCCUCCCGCCCUCCCAAGCUCAUGCUGUUCCACACUCUGUCGUAACAGCCAGGGGACACGGGAGAGAGAAGACUGUGCUUUCAAUGGCUGUCAGGGCGUCAUAAAUGUGACCCAGCUGCAGGGACGAAGGGGCGGAAUACCUUCUGUUUGCUCAGAGGCCGGGACACCUGGCGGGGGAGUGGAGGUCACAGCACCUGUGACAGGUGUCCCCAUGGCACAGCCCCCCCCCCCCCCCGGGAGCCCUCUCCGUGCGGUGUCCGUCUGCUCUUGAGUCGUGCCAAAGCCCACAGUGUGUGCAGUGUGCCUGGGUGAUUCUUGGGAGUGAGUGAUCGUAUAAUUGUGGGAGGAGAAGUCCUGUCCCAUCUGAUGACUGGGAUUCUUCUGUUACUCUGUGUAAACUGUACUGUUGGGAAGUGCUGAAUAUUUGCUCACUGCACAUAAGGCCGAAUAUUGAAAAUGUGAAAGAAAACCCACUCUGAUGACUUGGAAGCCAGGGCCAGGUAAGGAUUGUUGCAAUAUGAGUACUUGUGGGUCAAUCAUCACAAAGGAUGCUUCAGUUUAUCCCUCCCUCCCCCCGCCAUGAUACCUGAUGUUAAAGACGACAAAAUAUCACUGGAUGUGGAGGGGUUUUUUGUUUGUUUGUUUUUAAGAAAUAAGAUUCACUAGCCCUCAAAGACUGGUGAAGCUUCACUGUUGCCUCUGACCCCUGAUGCUUGCUCUGUCGCUUUCGUGACGUCACUGCAGAGAAAAUGCAUUGUGAAGAUGUGCCGAGAGCAGGUGGCGGGGUCAGCCUCCCACGGGGCGGGGUUGAGGCUGCCUGGCCCUGCGGUGCCCGUGGCCACACGGCUCUGUACCCGGAGCCUCUGCAGCCAUUGGGAUCACCUGCACAGUGGCAGCUUCAGGUCAUUUCUCGUGGGGCCAGGUGGAGAGGCCUUUGCCGUGAGCCACCACAGCGCCCGUGGCUCUUGGCUACUUCCGUGGGAUUCACAUGGUGCGGUGCGUCCGCCCGCCACCUGCUGCCCCUGGAAAGAUGUGUGUGAGGCCUUCGCCGCUCUUACUGUGCACACGGCUUCAGCGCUCUUUGCAUUUUGCCAAAACCUUUGCCACCACUUGCUUCUGUGUAGCCAGUCCUCUGAUAAAAUGUGAGAACCAACAAUACGUGAUCUAUAGCUGUUAGGUGACACUGGGUAUUCCCUGUGUUCAGGUGGCGCAUAAUACAGAGCCACUUGGCCAUGGCAUGACGUGCUGGCGGAUUCGGAGACGUGGUUUGCGAGCUCCCGGAACCACUGUCCUCCUGGACCGCGCUGCAUGGACAGCGUGGACCUUUGCUGUCGGAUCUGGCCAGGUGUAACUGGCUCUCAAGCCACCAGCAUGUGCAGCAGCUUUGUAACAGCCGUUAAGAGCUGAGUCUUGUAGCUUCCUAGUAGUCCUGUGUGCCACCUCUGAAAUUCUACACACUCUGAAGUGAGCCUGGGUUAAUGAGCUCUCCAGCCCUUCCCCCACUGUGCUAGCUCCCCUCUUUCUUUCUCCUCUCUCCUCCUCACCCCUGACUGCACCCCUGCACUGGGCGGGACAAGUAGGAGGGUGCAGGGGAUGCUGUCUGGUGUUGUUUUCUGCCUUGCCAGUAGGGAGCGCUGUGCAGGGUGCCUGCCUGCCUGCCCGCCCUGCUCCCUCCUGACCCUGGAAGACCAUGCACUACCUCUGUCUCAUUCAGGCAUUGGAGUACACCCUGAGAAGUCACUUCAAAACUGCCAAUUUCAGGACUGAGAUGUGUUUGAAAAAAACAUACUUCUAGCCUCCACUUUGUACUUUAGAUUUUAAAACCGGGAAGAAAAUGUGAUACACUUUGGACCACUUUUUUAAUUUCUGUAAGCCUUAAAGAGCAGUGGGCACACACUUGUGUACGCCCGCCCCAGCCCCCCCGGAGUGCGUGCACGUGUCGGAGCAGACGCUGAGGCACAGGGACGCGAGCUCAUUGUUUGGUGUCUUCCGAGAAGGGCCGAGCUUUCCGUUGGCGUGGGAAUUCCCAGGUGAGCCUCUUUCUCGACACCGGUCUGCGUGCGCGUUAACAGCAGCGCGUUUUUUUCUGUUGCAACGAUGGGACUGUAGCAGCUUCGCCCUGGCUCCCACUGCUAGCGUCUUGCAUCCUCAACCCUGUGUCGCACAUGGCAUCGGGAGCCUUUCUCGUGACAGUGACCCACGUCGCGGGACGUCUGUGUCCUGCCACCCUGUAGGCCGGUUUGCCCCUUGUGUGCCGCGGCUCGUGCCUGCGUGGUCAGUUUGCUUCAUGUUGACUUUGCGUGACUUUGUUCUCCCUCUACCACUAUGUAUGUAACGCAUACCAACAUGACGUGCGUGCAAGUGCUGUCCAGAACACAUGUAUAUAUUUGUAUAGCGUCGUGACACCUGUGUGAGUUACCUGGUUUCCAAGGAAAGCAAGCACUCGGUCUUGCUCGGUUUGCUCCAAGCUGUGUCCUGAGAUUUGCUGUCACUUCUUAAUUCAGGAUCAAUUUUCAAAACUGGGGGUGGGGGGGAGCGGAGGAACAGUGGCUUGUAAGGUAAAAAAAAGUUUCAAGCAUUCCAAAUGAAUUCUCAGUGUUUCGUAACUUUUUAUCAUGAACCCCUUCCUUACAGGAACCAAGUACUAUUUGAUACCGUGGUACAAACCAAACUACCUUGACCUUUUUUUAAAGACAACGGAUAGCGCUCAUUUUCACAAUCGGAACAGCUUUAAAAUGUGGUUGAAUUUGAUAACACACAGGAAAAAAAAAAAAAAGUUGUGUUUCAGAAGAAGUCCUUUCUGCUUUGCUUUUCUCCCGAGAGAGCUAAUGAGAUUGGGGCUUGUUUUCCUGCCGGCCGGAGUAAUGUGACAAAAGGGAGUUGUUGUAAAGAAAUAAUGCCACUUGUCAAAUAUUUAAUAAAGGAUUAUGGAAGCUGGAGCCUUUUCUACAUCAA